CAACUGCGGAACCCCAACACUGUUCCUGUGCACGACGACUCUUCUCUGUCGUUGUACCCACCUGCACGAUCGGACUGGCUCCAUGGUUCCCUGUGAACCCGCACCUUCCUCAUUGCUUUCUCUUCAUCUUGCUCCCGUUUCAUAACCAGCACACUAGCUCACAGGCCUGCACAUUGGACCCUCACUCUUCCCUGUUCACUUCUCCUGACUGCUGCACCUAUUGCUCGAUUGCUUCCUUGUAGUACGUUGAGUUGAGUCCUGGAAGGUUGGGGGUGUUAUGGCCAGCGUUGCGUGCAGUCGGGUAGGGGUCAAAGCUGGGGGGUGUUUGCAUUCCACGAUUGACCGGAGUUUGGAGAUAGAGGAUGAGAGGCGGAGCAUAAAUGUACCUCAGCUGAACAAUUUUGCAGUGUCCGGGUUGAAGGCGACAGGGUUGAGGACGAGCAGGUGGAAGGUUUGUGAGACAGGGAAGGGUGUUAGAGGUCAGAGGCUUCGGGGAGGAGUAAUCAAGAUGGCGAUCGCCGAUUCUCCAGCGUGGAAUAAGUAUCAGGAGCAGGAACAGGAGCCUGAGCAUGUGAGCAGGAAGGCGAUCUCCGAUUCCCUUGCGUGGAAGCAGCUGCAGCAGCACAUGAGCGAAAUUAAGAAGACACACUUGCGAGAGCUAAUGAAGGACGAGCAGCGGUGCAAGAGCAUGAUCAAGGAGGUGGACGGCAUCGUGGUGGACUACAGCAGGCAGCGCGCUACCUUGGAGACGGUGGAGAAAUUGCUGUCUCUUGCGGAGGAGGCGAAGCUGUCCGAGAAGAUCAAUGCCAUGUGGAGCGGCAAACAUAUCAACGCUACAGAAGAUCGUGCCGUCUUGCACGUCGCCCUGCGCGCUCCGCGCGAUGCCGAGAUUAUGUGCGAUGGGAAGAACGUGGUUCCCGAGGUCUGGGGUACCUUGGACAAGAUCAAGGAUUUUUCUGAGCGGGUGCGGAGCGGGAAAUGGAUCGGCGCCACCGGAAAGGUGCUCACGGACGUCGUGGCGAUCGGGAUUGGCGGAAGCUUCCUGGGUCCAUUGUUUGUGCACAACGCCUUAGAAACAGAACCCGCAUGUGAAGAACUGGCCAAGGGCCGAUCGCUGCGGUUCUUGUCGAACGUGGAUCCUGUGGACGCCUCCAUCGCGCUCAAGGGUCUCGACCCGGAGACCACCCUCGUGGUAGUGGUGUCGAAAACGUUCACAACAGCUGAGACCAUGUUGAAUGCUCGCACGUGCAGAGCAUGGAUUACGUCGAAGCUCGGGGUUGAUGCGGUGUCCAAGCACAUGGUUGCAGUGAGCACUAACUUAAAGCUGGUGGAGGAAUUCGGAAUCGACCCUAAGAAUGCGUUCGCUUUCUGGGACUGGGUGGGCGGGCGGUACAGUGUCACGAGCGCCGUUGGUGUCUUGCCCCUUUCUUUACAAUACGGAUUUGACAAAGUGGAGGAGUUUUUAAAAGGUACGUGGAGUAUGGAUGAGCAUUUCCGCAACACGCCGUUGAAGAGCAAUAUUCCGGUUCUUCUCGGGUUGCUCAGUGUGUGGAAUGUGACCUUCCUCGGCUGUCCUGCCCGCGCGAUACUCCCUUACUCGCAAGCGCUUCAGAAGCUGGCGCCCCACAUCCAGCAAGUGAGCAUGGAAAGCAAUGGCAAGGGCGUGGCAAUUGAUGGCAGCCCGCUCCCAUUUGAGGCCGGCGAGAUUGAGUUCGGGGAGCCCGGAACCAAUGGCCAGCACAGCUUCUACCAGCUAAUUCACCAAGGACGCGUCGUCCCAUGCGACUUUAUCGGCGCGGUGAAGAGCCAGAAAUCAGUCUACAUGGUGGGAGAGAAGGUUUCCAACCAUGACGAGCUCAUGUCCAACUUCUUCGCGCAAGCAGACGCGCUCGCAAACGGCAAGUCAUCCGAAGAUCUCAAAGCCGAAGGAGUGCCCGCAUCUCUCGUCCCUCACAAAGUCUUCACCGGCAACCGCCCGUCUUUGAGCAUCCUCCUCCCAAAUGUGGACGCCUUCACCGUUGGGCAGCUUCUCUCCCUUUACGAGAACCGCAUCGCAGUGCAGGGAUUCAUUUGGAAUGUGAACUCCUUCGACCAGUGGGGCGUUGAGCUCGGCAAGAGCCUGGCCUCUCGCGUGAGGUCACAGCUCAAUGCAGCCCGCACGAAGGAAGCUGCUGUGGAGGGCUUCAACUACAGCACCACGUUCCUUCUUCAGCAUUACUUGAAGGGGAAGACGCCGGUGCAAAGCUCCAACCUUGUCAAUUUAUUUCCCAGCGAGAUUUUCCCUGCUGCUUAGAUUAGAAAUCCAGUUCCUUUACCUUGCCAUUCCGCGUUCACUUUACGUCGGAGGCGGACGUGUACAUGAGACAGAAGGUUGCUCGACGUUGCCAGGUUUUUGGUAGUUUCUGUUAGUUGCAGAGACAAUGUAAAAAAGGUGGGAAGAGACUAUGGGCGAUUCUUAUGGUUUCGUGCUUGUUAUAGUAUAUGAAGGUAUUACAUACGUCACUUACUUUGUUACA